UUGAGCUUUCUUGUCAUGCUGAAGUAAAAAAUGAACAGGAAUUUGACUUAAGGUUGCAGUUGACUAGUGUGCUAUUCUUAUUUGUGCUUGUAGUUUGUGGCAUUGUAAUUUAUUAUGAAAUAAUCCCAUUUUAUUUUAUUGACCCUAAUGUAAUGGUUGUAGUGUUCAAAUAUAUAGACAUGUUUCAUGUUGUAGGCUACUUCAACAGCAACAUAACAGCUAAACAGAAAAGUUAUUAAACAAAAUAAACUAAAAAUUAUUAUUCACUGUUGCCGUGUGUGUGUGUGUGUGUGUGUGUGUGUGUGUGUGUGUGUGUGUGUGUGUGUGUGUGUGUGUGUGUGUUGACUAUGCCCCAGUCGAGACGAAGUCGAAAGUGGGAUAAUCUGAGUUGAAAUGUCCCACUUUCGAAUUCAGUACCAGUAAAUCACACGUCAUGUUAACAUAUUGACCACGAUGUCGCCAUUUCUGUCAAUUAUGGCAAAAACAGGAAAAGAAAAAGAAAAAAAAGACUGCUGCCGUUCAUUUUGAAAAGAGCUGACGAAAAGCAAUAAUUGUGGUAUAAUUUUAUAAACUUAAUGUUUUAAGUUUGACAUGAGAUAGUAGCUUCACACUAUAGCUGCGUUCCAGAGAAACGGUCUGAUGGCAACGGAACGGUAGACUUCUUUAUGGAUUUUCUUUACACACAGUAGGCUAGUUGCACAAUGCUUUUUUCCACCCCAUGUUGACCGACAAGAGAAUUGGCAUUGAUCAUCGGCAGUUUUUCAACAACCACUUUUCAAUUGUAUCAUUGUUGUGACAGAAUUUCAUUGUUUUAACAGAAUUUACUGUUUUUCCAGAUGUAAGGUCUGGAGGAGCCGUAUAGUUGCGUUUUGUUCUGAAGAAAUUUGUUGAAGUGAUUUUGAUUGACAUAAAUCAGUGAGAAACAUGGCUGGUCAAGAUACAGGACAAAUAUUAAAUUACUGCAUAGGAAUCAUCAUGGUUGUCCUGCUGACCCAUGAAAAUAUUGUGGAAACACUUGAUUCCCCAGAAACAAGUGUAGAUUUACAGUUUAGCAACAUAAAUGUGCACCUGCAUCAUAGAAGACCAAGAAGUAUGGUUCUUCAAAUGUCAAUGAGAAUAGAUGAUGUUUUUGAUACCAAUCUAAACAACCCAGAUAAUGAGAAGUUCAAACUCUAUGCCAGUAAAAUUGAGUUAGCUAUUGAAGAAAGUUACAAAUAUGUGUCUGCCUACAUAAAAGAUUCAGUGAGAGUCACUGGUUUCAGGCCUGGUAGCAUUAUAGCAGACUAUCAGAUUGAAUCAACAGCCAGCAGUCCCAACAGCCCUGGAUUUGCAGAAGCAAACACACAGGUCAUCAGCGCUCUCAGAGAUCAAGGAAUCACUGUAGCUCAGAAUGCUUUUGCUCAAAGUGAACCAAAAACCUUGUCCACUGCAAAAAAUUGGUAUCCAGAGCAAAAUAUGGUGCUGAAAUGCAUACGCCCAGAGUCUGUUGUGAGUACAAUGAGAUGGACAGUGAACGACCAAGAUCCUACACUAAACAAAGUUAAAUACGUCAUUUCAGAUGACAAUAGCACUCUCACUGUAAACAACAUCAACGAGCGUGACAACGGUAGAUAUGCAUGUAUCAUAGACAGGACAAUACCUUACGUUCAAUGGCAAGAUAUAGUUAUUGAACCACUUCCCAAUAUCAUAGUGGGUGAAAAUGUAAGAACAUUUCAGUGUGUUACCCAGACUGUUUCACUGAAAUGCUGCGAAGAAAUGUACAGUGUGGAGUGGACCCAGACAACCUCUGAUGAUGAAGUGAUUUCAGAGGAUAAAUGCAUCACAUUAAGACAUACAAUCAAAAGUGGAGAUUGUGGGAGUAAAACCUUUAGAUGUCGACUCAAGAACCCGGUGCUUCAAGGUUUCACCUACAGCAGUAAAAAUGUUAUUGUUAAUAAAGUCAACGAAGUGUUUAGCUGUAAAGAUGGAACACUUGGAGAUGGGAAAGAAGGUGAUACUUUGACAGGACCCUGUGAAAAAGGCAAGGAAGGCACCAUAAAAUAUAGAUGUAUCUCAGGUAAAUGGGAGACUGAUGAGUCACACUGUGUACUUCAAGUUAUCAAAGACCUUGAAAAGGAUGUUGCGGUCUUGGUGGUGCAGGACAUACCAGUAUUUGUGGCUCAGCUUAGUACUGCUACAGAGAAUAAUACACAAGCGAUAACACAGUCUUCUGCGAAUGUCCAAACCAUUGUUGAAAUACUUGUAAAAGUUGCUGAUCUCUCACAAAACAUUAUCAUCAAUAAGCCGGUGAUGGAGAAUUUCCUUAAAACAGUGGAUAUCCUUGUUUCGACAUCUUCCAUUGAAACCUGGAAAAUUUUGAACAAUAACAGCAGGACAGAUUACACCAGCACAGCACUUCUGAGUGCUAUUGAGAAUAUAAGUAGCCGUCUCACAAAUGCCAAUUUUAGGAUUUUUAUUGAAACAUCUGUUGAGUUGAACAGAACUGUAACAAACAGCACCUUUUAUAGUGGAAUAUCGAGCCUGCCAAACUCAACUACUGAGAUUCAGAUACCAGAGAUUCCUGUAAACACUCCUAUAACCGUCAUAGUCUUCACAACUCUUGACAGUAUCCUACCUACUCGAGAUACUGGUAGUUGCGGCAGUAGCAAAUCAGAUGUGCGCAUCAAUGGAGAUGUGGUUGUAGUAAAAGUUGACAAAACAAUUAACUACAUAACUUUCGCUUUUGACAUUACUAACCAGUCUUUGGGAAAUCCUCAGUGUGUGUUUUGGAACUUUGAUCUUGACGCAUGGGAUUCCACUGGAUGUGAAGCAAAGCCCUAUAUAAGUGAAGGGAUUGAAACUGGCAAGAUUACAUGUGAAUGCAGCCACACAACCUCUUUUUCAAUCCUAAUGUCACCGAUUUCUAUUUAUCACAUAGCCUUAGCCUAUAUAACUAACAUUGGUGUAGCUAUUUCAGUGGCCAACUUGAUUUUGUGCCUCAUUAUUGAGACUAUUGUGUGGAAGUCAAUAACAAGAAAUGACACAUCCUACAUGCGACAUGUCUCCAUAGUCAACAUUGCUGUGUCUCUGCUGAUAGCAAACAUCUGUUUUAUCAUUGGAGCUGCAAUCGCAGAACAAGAGCAGCCAACCUCAGUGGAUCACUGCAGUCCAGCAGUUUUCUUCAUGCACUUCUUUUACCUGGCUCUUUUCUUCUGGAUGUUAAUGUCAGCACUGUUGCUCUUUUACCGUACAGUCAUGGUCUUGUCUCAAAUGUCAAGGGCUAAAAUGAUGGCCAUUGCCUUCAUAGUUGGUUAUGGUGCACCUUUGCUCAUAGCGGUCAUUACAGUUGCAUCAACAGCUGGACAAGAAAAUUAUAUUUCUAAAAGAAACGCAUGCUGGCUGAACUGGUAUGAAUCAAAAGCCUUGUUGGCAUUUGUAAUUCCAGCUCUCACUAUUGUAGCCAUAAACCUUGUGGUUUUGAUCGUGGUUCUGUACAAGAUUUUGUGGAGAGGAGUUGGUGCCGCAACUCAACCAGAUGAGAAACAUGCCCUGGUGGUCAUUGCCAGAUGUGUGGCCAUUUUGACUCCUAUCUUUUGUCUAACAUGGGGAUUUGGAAUUGGAACCAUGGUGUCACAGGAAUUGGGCAUUCAUGUGGUGUUUGCACUCCUCAAUUCACUGCAGGGAUUCUUUAUUUUGGUGUUUGGAACGCUUUUAGACAGCAAGAUCCGUGAGGCUCUGGCAGGAAAACUGUCACUAAGGAACCUUACCAGCUCUAACCGAACCAGGAUUACUAAUGCACCAUCAUCUUCAAGUGGACAGGAUUUCUUUCUAAGGAGAAGAAAUGAGUGCAACUUAUCUACUACAGCCAGCAUUUUCACAACUGCAUCUUCAAACAGCUCCUAUUCCUCAGAUACUUUUAUGAAUGCUUGAUCAGCUACUUCAUAUUAACUAUAGUCUAGUUUAUUAAAUGUUAAACGAUGUUAGCUUUUCCAAAAGCAUUUCCUAAACUGCAAUUAUAUGAACUUCACUGAAAAAUUCACAGAUUUGAUAUUUAAUUAAGGAUACAUUUUAUAAUUAUAACAGUGGUGUGAUUGGAUGGGUCUAGAUUGGCUGUCCAUUUGGUAUUAUUAUAUUAUACACUGUUCUGUUCUGUCUGAUUUAUUUACAAAAUAAAAAAAUAAAACAAUAUAUUUCAUUGUUUCACUAACACCUCGUUACUUGAAAUUAAUAAUUAAAUAACUUGCUCUCUGGUACCUUAUUCAAUUUCAUAGAUGCAGAGUUAAAGACCAUAAUGGUAAAUUAAAUGUUUAAAAAUAAUUUAUUUUAUUUUAUUCCCCCUCAGUAUGAGUCAUGAUGUAAUGUUAUUUUUUGGCCUGUACAACCUAGCUCCCACUGCUAAAUGUCAACCUCACUAACAUAAUAGACAUUCCUGGAAGUAUAGACACAAAUCUCUUGAAGUAUUAUUAUAUGAUUAUUUUAACUGAAGAAUUUGAAUGAAUUGUUUUUAAUAUUAAUUGCUAUUAAGUGCUAUUGGUGUUUUUUUAUUAUUAUUGGUUAUAUUAAUUACUUACUUUACAGGAACUCCUAAUCCACAGCUGAUUUUAUUUGAAUUUGAAUGACCACACAGUCUGAAUUUUGCAUAUGUUUGCUGUGUGCCUUUCAUUUUGUUGAGGACACUUUUAGAUGAUCAUCAUUGGAUUAGUUACUGGUUUGACGUCAAUUUCUGAAUUUACUGUUAAGGAUGUAAAUUGUGGUGCUGCGGGUUUGUUUAUGUUGUUGCUCUGGUGCACUUCCUGAAAAUGUUCCAAAAUA